AUGAAGAAGUUGCUUGUGCUUGUGCUCGCUCUCAGCUUGCUGACCUUCUCAGGGGCCUCCCCGAUUCUGAUGGAAAAGCAGGCCAAGCAACUCCUGAGGUCCCGGCGCCAGGACCGGCCAAGCAAACCCGGGUUCCCGGACGAGCCCAUGCGGGAGUACAUGCACCACCUGCUCCGCCUGGAGCACCGCGCCGAGGAGCAGUUUCUGGAGCACUGGCUGAACCCUCACUGCAAGCCCCACUGUGACAGGAACGUGGUCCAUCCCGUGUAA